AAAUAAGAACAAGCCUGUUAAUGUGAAUUCGGUGCAAACAUCUUUUAAUUUCUGUAUGUUCCGUGACUGUACAUUUCCUGCUGUCAAAAAUCUGACCAGUACCGUUUGUACGUCUUACUCACUAGAACACUUUUUUUCUGACGGCGAAACUUUCCUUGUGACUGUUUCUGUGUACGGAUAUUUCAUUUCCAAGCGGAUUGUUUUACUGGCCUUGCAGUGACAUUUAGAGUUACUGUCGGGUCCAGCAGUUAUAUUUCUCUUUUUCAAAGGCUAAAUAUGACUCAUUCCCUGUGACUUUUACAUCCUCUAACAUGGUGGAUAGACUUGUAAAUAGUGAGGCCAAUGCCAGGCGAAUUCAAUUGGUGGAGAGCUGCUUCGGCAGCUCCGGACAGCCAUUAGCUGUGCCUGGCCGAGUCCUUGUAGGGGAGGGUGUUCUCACCAAAAUGUGCCGCAAGAGAGCCAAGGCUCGUCAGUUUUUCCUCUUCAAUGACAUCCUUGUGUAUGGAAAUAUUCUCAUGAAUAGAAAAAAGUAUAACAAGCAGCACAUAAUACCCUUGGAAGCUGUGAAACUAGAAUCUCUGGAAGAUGAUGGACACUUCAGGAAUGGAUGGGUGAUCCGCACUGCAACAAAGUCAUUUGCGGUCUAUGCUGCCACCAACACAGAAAAGCAAGAAUGGAUGGCUCACAUUAAUAAGUGCAUUGAAGAUCUUUUACGAAAGAGUGGCAAGAAAGCUGUAGAGGAGCAUGCAGCCGUUUGGGUUCCAGACUCUGAAGCUUCCAUCUGCAUGCACUGCAAGAAGUGUCAGUUUACUGUUCUGAAUAGAAGGCACCAUUGUCGGAAGUGUGGUGCUGUUGUCUGCAGUCCAUGCUCAAAUAAGCGCUACCUCUUGCCCCACCAGUCUUCAAAACCAUUGCGUGUGUGCCUUACUUGCUAUGAUAGUCUGACUCGAGCUAAAGUUCUCAGCUCAAACAGUGGAGAAAAUUCAUUCAGCAAAGAUUCUUCUGGAGAGGAUGACUCUGAUGAUGAUGAAGAUACAAACCGCUCUCAACAAGAAACUCAUGAUGAGCAUUUUGUGUCUUGGGACAGUGAGGAGGAGGAAAGAGUGGCUGCUCAAAGCCGAGAACAGCAGACUACUCUCACGUAGUUACGCGAAGUUCUACAACAUCUCCGAACACGAUGACAACAAGUAAUAUAAUAUGCUGCUGAAGUCAUCAUCAUGUCAAAUGACCAGGCGAUUUUGCCAAAAAAAUGCCCAGAAAAGUUAAUUUUCCACUCUUGUAUUUGCCCAAGAUAGGAAUAAUUAGUACUUCUUACCUUCUGUGGAGUCUGUUCUCAUUUGUGGAGUGUUAUCCAAGUACGCUUUUUAAACGAUUUUGUGUGGAAAAGAGUCCAAUGGUUGCAAUCACAUGCUAUUGCAACACUAUUAUCCAAAGCAGAUAGUUGACUUUCUUGCAUGUUAUGUAUUUUUCAUAAACAGCUACAAAGCAUUUAUUUUAUGUGUAGUAUAAUACAAAAUAUUAAUAUAUUAAUGAUUCACUACUGUAUAUAAGAUCACACGGAAUUAGUGCCUUAAUAUUCUGUUAUUUAUUGUGAAGCACAAGUAAGGAAGACAGUUUACAUCUGAUCUAUUCUGUGUUUGCACAGUAUUCAGUAUACACCUGUAUGUGUAUGUAUAAAUAAUUAAAAAUAUAAAUAUUUCAUGUUCUUAUGCAUCAGAAAUGUUGCAUUGCAGUCAGGUGUCGGAAAAACCCAUUAACGUUAUACCACCGUUUUUAGCCCGCCCUUUUUAAUUUGGAAAGACAGAGUUGGGUCAAGGCUAGUUUUAUUUGCUUUAUUUGAUUUUUUAUAACAUUUGCCAUUGUGUAGCAUUCAGUUCAUUUCAAUACAAAGCUAUUUUUGUGACCUUUCUUUUAUUUAUUUGCACACCAUUCUUUAUGAAUGUAGAUUUUUAAAAAAAAAAUUGCAUUCUGGUAUGGAGAACAAUCUAUACUAUUUGAUCACAAGCACAAAUGCAUUGGUUUUCUUUGCUGUCCUUGGUGUCUUGCUUCAGAACUAACCUGAACUCUACUCUAGAACUCAGUUUUGGCCUUUUAUUUACUUGAUUCUUGUCUUGUUUGUCUUCUUUUGUUUUGAAUUAUCAUUGUAAAAAUUGACACCUCAGAAGACCAUGCAGUGUAUAGUAAUAAUGUUUGUAAUAAUUAGUAUUGAGGUGUGGAACUGAUUUUUCUUCUGAAGUAGAAUGAGUCUGUCAAUUUUUGACAUGGUAUUAUGUUUGUUUUGCUGUUUUUCAGCCUUUUGAGACACUCAAGCACUGUGUAGAAUGUCUUUGAGGAAUCAAGGAACUUGAGUGCUGUAUCUUUAUUUGAUCAGUGAAUAUUUUAUUUCUAGCUUCUCAUAAAUUCAGUUGCCUUCUUUGCUCUUACUCUAUUUUUUGUUAGACUUCUUGCAGGAUUUCCUUUAUUUAAAUGCCACAUUUAUAGUUCUGUUGCAUGUUAUCAUGUGUACUCAUUGCAUUGGCCAGAAUAUUGUUACAGUAGGUACUCCCUAUUGGUUGCAGGCAUAAUCAAACGUACCUUUGGUGCAGAAAUUUCUCAAGCAGAAUCCACUCCCUGAAGUUUCUUCAUUUUGUCAUUUAUCAGAAAAAUAUUGUUUCUGUAUCACUAUACUCAAAGAACAAAUGUGUUCAUUAUCUGUGGUGGUUUUGGAUAGGUCAGGUUUUGUUUUAAUUUGUUUCUGUAGUAGUCAAAGACUGUUGAGGUUUUAAAUAAUAUUUGGAUAGUACAAUUUAAAAUAAUUGAAACUUUGGAAUUGAUGAGACAGUGGACCAUGUGAGGGUAUUAUUAGGCUACUCUUGAUACAGAAUGCUCAAAUUUUUUCUUGAGCUUUCUGUUUUGAGUUGAAUCAUUGUUUUCUUUUUAAAAAUCAGUGAUCUGUCAUAUCAAUCUCGCUUAUCAGUUUUUUCUAUUCAAAUUUCUAUUUGUCAAUUGUUAACGCAUCUCAAGUGUGAUUGGUCAAACUCUAGGACUGUUUCAUUGUUAUGUGCUAUUCACAGAAUUGCACUUUCUACAGCACAGUGUCCCAGAAGCCUACUGUUGUUGUAGGUAAGUUAUUUGCAGUUCUUAAAAAUUCAUAUCCCUUUUCAGUCAUUGUGUUGUUUGGUGUCUUUUGACAGAUUUCUUUUUCAUGUUGGUGCCUUAAAUAUCUUGAACACCUAUGUACAAUGAAUGAAAAUUUCAGUUUGCUUGUGUCCUUUCAAUGAUAUACAAGCACUAAUCAUGGCCUCUAUUAUUGCUGGAUCUUUUACUGUACUAUGUAGUUAGUUUUGUAGGCUACUGCAAUGAGAAUUUAAAUUAAGUGUGC